UAAGUAAGUAAUUUAAUUGACAGUGGCUGAGACCCAUAAAUUAUUCAAAUAAUUUGCAAUGCAUAUAUUUAGCAAGGUUAAUUCUAGGAACUAGCACGACGAUAAGUGAUAAGAUAAGCGAGCAAAUCGAAGCCAAAGCUCCAUUGUCUAAAAAAGAAGUCGAGCAGCAGUAUCGAAUCAGUCUAGCAAGUGGAUUAACCUCGUCAGCAUGAAAUUCCUAAGCAUUCUUCUGGCCCUGUGCCUGUUCCUGGCCCUCGCCGUGUCGCCAAUUCGCAGUGAUGACGAUGUCGCGGAAAAGGAAUUCUGUCCCUGCCCCAGGAACUUCGAUCCCGUUUGUGGCAGCGACCUAAACACAUACCCCAAUCGCUGCGAAUUCGAUUGCAAGCGCCGAAAAGUCGAACGCCAGGGACGCAGCAUGGGCAUACUUAGAUCCGGAAACUGCUAGUCCAAAAUUCCCGAUUGCAACAAACUAAAGAGACAUCCAGAAAUAUAUAAAAUCAAAUAGAAUAUGUGCCUUGUAUUAAUCAUCAAUGUGGAAUAUAAAGAAAUAAAUCAGCUUAUCAGCCAGAGCAUUUGGCAUUGCAA